UGUGCAGGGUGGAGGAAUGCUCCGGGCUGUGGGAGAGGGGUUCGCGCAGGAUCGCCUGCCCCAUCCCCGGGGCACUGGGCUUCCUCCGGGAGGGUUUCGCUGCUGCUCCCGUGGGUACCCGGGCGAAAGGGGCAGCCCCCAAAGGGCAGCUCAGGACUCGUGUGUUCGUGUGUGCGCGUGUUCGUGUGAGCAGAGCUACCUCUAGUGGCCGCGGUUGCACGCCGGGCUCGGCCCCGAGGUCCGCUCCGGUACCGGGCGCUGCCUGCGGGAUGGAGCAUGGCAGGGGGGGACCCGCCCGUGAGGAUUGCUUUCAUAAGCUGGAUGCGGUGUAUCCAGUGCCUCUGUUUGCAUCCUCUGUUUGAAUGACCAGCUAGGAAAAAGCAUGCAAGUAACUCAUAGUCUAUUUUCCUUCUCCUGCAGCUCUCGGAGGCCCUAGAUGGGCCUUCCAUCGUCCUUUGCGCAGACACAGGGGUGGUGAAGGGCUGCAGGUUCACUGUGGGGUGAAUGGAGCGGGCUCCUGGGGAGCAGCAGGGAUGGGGAACUGCCCAGAGCCAGCAAAGGACGUUUCUAGAGACUUCAGCAGGCUUAAUGGAGCUGUUGUCUGGGGAUAGGGAAUUUAGGGAGUUUAUUAAGGAGCUGGUCUUGAUCAGGAAAAGGAGCGAUGAGAUGGGAACAAAGAGAAAGAAAGUUUCUGCCCACAGUACCCAGCUGGGAUGAAUGAACUCCUGCAGUGGGCAGGAGAAAGGCGUGGAUGAGGGGAAAUCACACCUGGGGAGCCACAGAGCCCUUCUGCAGGGCCAAGCGGAGCCCCCUCCCCAGGCAGGAGUCGCUCUGGCUUAACCAGGAGUGUCAGCCCAGAGCUUGUAGCACCUGAGCCAGCACAUCUCCACCUGCAGCGAGCCAGAUGUGCUUGGGGAAGGCAAGGGCUCCAGGGAAAACUGGAAGGCACAGAGGAAGAAGGGAUUUUCCAUGUGCCACCUCCAUCAAAACAGGUUCCCACAGGGUAGAACCACUGCAUCCGUGAGGACUGAAGUGCCCUUCAGCCUGGCCCUGGUGCUGUCUUGCCACCCCCGAGCAGCUCAAUGUUCAGCUCUGUGCCUUGGCAGCCCCAGCCCCACAGCAGGUUUGAUGGUUAUGGGCACUGGCAAGCUGGAGAGGAGCACAUCCAAACACGUCAAAGGUUGGACAGCCUGAAAUUUCCAUGCCGUGUAAUGCCCAUCUAACAGGAACAGAGCUGAAUCCCCCAGCAGCCCCACCUGAAGGCUGUGGGAUGCUCUGGGCAGCAAGCUUUCUCCUGAAGGCCUUCUGCUCUUUGGGGUUGGGUCAGCGCCACACAACGUGCCCAAUGUGCAGGUACACGUUCCUUGCAGCUGGAGCUGUGAAUGCAAGUAACUGCUAUUAUAUGCAACAUGUUGGUGCGGGCUUUGUCGAGAUGAAAGAUGGCUCUGAGUCCUUUAUGGGCUUCUCUUUUUGUCUCCUUUAUCCCGGCCUACAGGCUGUGCCACGCAGCUUGCACCUGCAGAACCAGGGAGGAGUGUGCAGAUGGGCUUUUAUUGAGGCCUUCCAGAGAAAAACUGAACUUUGAAGCUAAUCCCUUGGAUAACAUCAAGCUGUGUUCUCCCAGGAGAACACAAACAGCCAUUCCACAACUGAUGCGUUUGAUGUCUAAAAGUGGGAUUUACUGUUUUGCCUGACUGAUUUUCAGGAUGCACUAUUUGACUCCAUUUACCACUUAAAUUCAUAUGGCAUUGUAUCCCCAGGUGCAUAGAUACAUGGAAAGCAUAGGAAGGGAUGAGCAGAGGGUGCGAGCAGUGCAGAAUCUCAGUGCUGGCUUGUGGUUACCCCAAAUGUUUUCUGCUGGGUGCAGAGAUUGCAAUUUUAGGGCAACUGCACCGUGCAUUUGGUGUUUGGAUACUGACCAGAGAGAGACUUCCAUCAAGGCAAACACUUUGCAAGGGACACUGCCCCCCAAACGCUUAUGAUCACAAUAGUCAGAAUAGAGGUGAGUGCAGUCUGUGUACUGACCAGUCAGCAACUGUGCACAGGCCAGGACACAGCCAGAAAUGGAUAUCACCUCUUGCACUUGGGAGGGAUGUGUCUGUUGGGAGGGAGAGAAUGUCCCUGGCCACCCCUCCUGCUAUCUGCAGUGCCUUGGAUCUGGCUGAGAGGUGCCAGAAGGGCAGUAAGCUCCAGGCAGCUCGGUGAGGUGCAGGCAGAUGUGAGGUCCCAACAGCAGGGAGCUGUCUCUGCUUUGUCAGCAGCAGGUUCAGCUUGCCACCUGCCUCCUGGCAGGCUGUCCAUCCAGUUUUGUCUCUUGUGCCAGAUAUUUAUGUACUUUGGCUUGGAUAGGAGACAGAAAUUAAAUCUCUGCACCGUCCCAGCUAAUAGCUUUGCACUAUCUGUCCAGUCCAGGAGUUUUGUGCCCCACUUUCAUAACAAUGACAUGGAAAACAACAGCAGAUCCUGUAGAAAGGAGUUGAACAGAGAUAAAAUAAAAACUCAGCUUGCCUUCUGUUAGGUGGGGCUCAAUCCUGGAGUUCUGUUUUCAUUCGACAAAGCAUCAGAUCCAGAUGUUCAAUGUAAUUCAAGGAGUUAAGACGUGUACUGUGUAUACAGUAGGAGUUAUGGAAGCAAUUGUGUGUUGAUAGGGCAUGUUUUAUGGCACCUUUAAUACCCAUUUAGUUUUAGCAUAUCUCCCUGUGCCAAAGCAAACCUUCCUGGGAAUCCUAUCUCUAUUCUCUCCCACAAAAGCUUGGCACAGCAGAUGCAGCGCUCAGUGGGUGUUUGUUUACUUCCAACCGCCGCUUCAAUCCGUCUUGUCCUUACUGGGUACAAGUAUGCUGCAUUGUCUCACAGCGGGAAGCACAGUACUGGUGGAUAGCUGGGCCUUUGUUUUGUGUCCAGCCGGAUGCCCAGGUGUGUGUGUUCUGGUUGCAGAUGGGAGGAGUUUCUUGUUUGUACAACAGCUCGCCCUCUGCUACUGUAGAAGCUGGAACCUGUGCCAAAACCCACAGUCCUCCACGUAUGGAGCCAGGCUGCAAGGACAGGAGGUUGCUAAGCCCCAGCGUACGUCAGUCCCACCGCUGCCCCAAAGGAUGGCACUCGCGGCCCCAUUGCGGCUCCCGGGGGCAGAAAUGUGCCCGGAACCUUUGUGCUCCUCCUCUCCAACGGCGGACGCGUGCGUGCUUUCCUGCGCGCUGAUUGGUCGGCGACUCAGAGGGGACGGCUGCUAUUGGCUGAGCGGACGGCUGUCCUAUGACUUCCGGUGCCCCCCGGUGCAGUGCUUCCGGUUUGUUCCGGUUGUGCCCCGGCCCCGCUGCGGUGCGCGAGCCCCGGCCUCCUCUGUGCGAGCGCGGGGCCGCCCCGGGCCGGCUGAGGGCGAGGAGAAGGGUGGGCAGAAGGGUGAGGAGGGGCGUCGGCGGCUCCGGCCAUGCCGCCCGUGAAGGCCGGCGGUAAGGAGGCCCUGGUGCUGCAGUGCGAAUGGGAGGCGUGCAGCUACGUGGCCUCCGCCAUGGAGGAGUUCUGCGGGCAUGUGGCCCAGCACCUGCGGCUGCACCUGCCCGGCGAGCAGCGGGACGAGCUGGACCCGCUCGAGGAAUACACGUGUCUGUGGCAGGAAUGUGGUUUCUGUUCCCCGGAGAGCCCCGCCGACCUCAUCCGCCAUGUCUACUUCCACUGCUACCACACCAAGCUGAAGCAGUGGGGGCUGCGGGCCCUGCAGAGCCAGUCAGAGGUGAGCCACUGCCAGCUGGACUUCCAGAGCCGCAACAUCAUCCCCGAGAUCCAGGAGAACUUUCAGUGCCUAUGGGAGUACUGUGAGAGAUCAUUUGAUAAUCCCGAGUGGUUCUAUCGGCACGUGGAGGAUCACAGCUUCUGUUCAGAGUACAAGGCGGCUGGGAAGGAGAACCACGUGGUCCUCUGUGGCUGGAAAGACUGUGACUGCACCUUCAAAGGGCGCUGCAAGCUGCGGGAGCACCUGCGCAGCCACACGCAGGAGAAGGUGGUGGCCUGCCCUACCUGUGGUGGGAUGUUUGCCAACAACACCAAGUUCUUUGACCACAUCCGCCGGCAGACCGCGCUGGACCAGCAGAGGUUUCAGUGUUCUCACUGUUCCAAGAGGUUCGCCACAGAGAGGCUGCUCCGUGACCACAUGAGGAACCACGUGAACCAUUAUAAGUGCCCUCUGUGUGACAUGACCUGCCCUCUGCCCUCCUCCCUGCGCAAUCACAUCCGUUUUCGGCACAGCGAGGAACGGCCGUUCAAAUGUGACUACUGUGACUACAGGUGUAAGAAUCUCAUUGACUUGAGGAAACAUCUGGAUACGCACAGCAAAGAGCCAGCCUAUCGCUGCGAGUUUGAGGCUUGCAGCUUCACUGCACGUUCCCUCUGCUCCAUCAAACUGCACUACCGGAAAGUCCAUGAGGGUGACUCAGAGCCCCGCUACAAGUGCCAUGUCUGUGACAAGAGCUUCACACGUGGAAACAACCUCACCGUCCACCUCAGGAAGAAACACCAGUUCAAAUGGCCCUCAGGGCAUCCUCGCUUCAGGUACAAGGAACAUGAGGAUGGCUACAUGAGGCUGCAGCUGGUGCGCUAUGAGAGUGUGGAGCUGACAGAGCAGCUAUUGAAGGAUGGAGAGAAACAGGAGGAGGCACUGGAUGGCUCCACUGAUGGUGUGGUGCUGUCUGAAGGGGAGGGCAACCUGCAGGGCAUCGUUCUGGAGGCUCCAACAGAGACUCCCUUGGUGGAGAGCAACGUGUCCGAGCCACACGUGGCCCUGCUGCAUCCUGCUGCCUGCUCUGCUGACAGCCCUGAGCGAGCACGGCCAAGUGCCUUCUCAGGAGCAGCGCAGUCCUCGGAACAGGAGCCUGGCACCCCGGCCAACCCCAUCAUCCGUGUGGUGAACCGGACCAACGAGCAUGGGGAGAGUGAGACUGUGUAUUACAUCAUGGCCAGCACGCCCUCAGAGGAGCGGGUGGCAGCAGGCGGCGGGCUGGCUAUGGAGCUGGAGGAGAAUGUCAUGGACCGUCUGCAGAAGACAGCCGAAGAGCUGGGUAUCCAUAUUGUGUGAGGUGCUCGCCUGAAAACCUUGGGCUUCCGUGGGGCAUGGUGCAGGGAGAGCUUGGGAAACUGUAGGGGGAAGGGGUCCAGCAUAUGUCUUCUCCCGCAUGCAGCUGUCUAGCUUUCUCCUCUGCCUCCCCCAUAACUUGUUCUCCAUGGGAUGGAUGGCACGCUCCUCUUCUGCCUUCAGUGCUUCCCUGAACAUCAUCUUCCCUGGCUCGUUCAGCCAGUGCUGUCAGAGGUGUUUGCACUGCCAUUCCCAUUUCACUGCGUUGAUCUCUGUGGGAGGAGAGGACUGCAGGGAGGCACUGGCCCUUGCAGGCUACUACUGCCGUGCAGCAUGGGGGCUUGGGGCCUUCCUGCUUUUGUUCUUCCCUGAGUUUGCUCCCCACAUUGGGGUUUGGGCACCUGGUUGGGCAGAGUGUACUUUGGAGAGACAAAUAAAGGUCAGACCGCCAGGCCAGCCAGUGUCUGGUGUCUGCUUCAGCUUCAUUUCUGCCAGCUGAGAGAUGUUGUGGUGCCAUGGUGAGACCAAGUUGCCUAGGGCCUGCAGCGUGGGGCAAGCACUGCAGAGCUGCCAGGAUCUCUUGGCACAUCCUGUGUGCUGCUGCUUGGUGCAGCUGCUCCCUGCCUAAAGUGCCAUUCCACAUCCCCAGUGGUGGCACUGGAAGGCCAGGUUUAGCUUAAGCUCUUGCUCACUGCUGUCCUGGCAUAGAUUUGAUUUUUUGCUGCCUCCUUCAGGGCAUCAGUGUCAGCUGCCUGUGAUGUCUUUUUUUUUUUUUUUUUUUUUAAUCUAAAGUGUAGCCUGAUAUUAUGAGCUGAGCCAGCUUGCCCUUUUGUAUGUGAUAUGGACAGUGUGAAGCUGGAGUGACCCUUGGAUCCUCAUGGCACUGCAUGUGGAGGGAGUGUGCCCUGAUGGAGGCAGGGGUGCAACCUGGCUGAUCUGGGCUGGACACAGACUUUUCCCCUCACUUCCUCAAGCAGUUCAGCAGAAGCUGCUGGAAUUCCAGGUUAAUGGAGAAAAUCACUUUACGCUAAACCCUUGGCCAUCUGCUCACUUUCUAAUUACAAGCACUGUGGGUGUGAUCCGUGUUUGUGCCCCUAGCUGGAAGUGAUGAGAGCAGCCCCUUGGGCCUGUGCCUUGGUUGAGAUGAGGAGCAGGGAUAAAGUGGGGAGAGCCCCCUGUCCCAGACUGAGUAGGAAGGUCUUCUGGGGCUACACAGGGGUGUAAAAGCCAGCAAAAUGCAACUGGAGCUAGGCCCCUUGUGCUUGGGCUGAGGCAGGGCAGGAGGCAGCUGGUUGCCCCAGCAGUUCUGAUGGCACACACUGCCAGAAGAUGCUGCUUUCUCUGGUGAGAGCAUCCCUGGGCUGCCAGCGUGCAGUAUGCCCAGGCCUUGCCCAGCCUUCCCUGCUCGGCGCCUGCUCGCUGUUGCUUGGCUGAGCUGGGCUGCAGAUACUUUCGAGAGAAGGGACUCAUGCCAAGUUUGCAUUCGCAGCACUGCCAUCUUGGCUCCCCUUCCAACACACGAGCUCUGUUGCCAAAGCCGUGGCUGCGCCGCUGCUCUCAAGCUGCAGCAUUCCUGCGCUACCCAAGUGUUCAGUGUUGGGAGUGGAGUGGUGGCUGAGUUGUCUCUUUAAACACUGGGUCCAGAGAGGGUAAUCUGCCAGGGAUUAUCUGAUGGGGAGAGGAUUGGCAUCAAGAGGAGCGUCUCCUCCCUCCCCUGGGCCCUACAGCAUGCCGUCCUGUGUGUAUGGAAAUCAAGUUUACUUUCUCCUGGGCAGUGUUUGGGGGCGAGGGGAGGAGAGCGGCGCCUGCGCUAUGGGGCUGGGCCUCCUCUUCCUCACCGUGCUGGCCACGCUGGUCUCCUGCGAGCACCCAGAAGGUAACAGGGUGCUUGGGAGAAGGGUUGCUUAUGGGGUGCCCUAGAGCUGCCGACACCAGCAAGGAGUAAGCUCCUGCUCUGAAGGUUGGUGCUGGAGAAGCCGGAGCUGGGGGCUGCGAGUGGGUGUGUGCUCCUCACUGCACAGGGCUCCUGGCUGGGUUGGGCUGAGCCUUUGGGCAGCACCUCCUGCAGGGCUCAGGGCUGAGGAGCUGCUGGAACGGGUGGUCCUCAGCCCCCAGCCCCGCUCUGCCUUGCUCCCCGUGGCACCAGGAGACCUGGAUACCUACUGGUCCGGCACCGCACCCAUCUGCAUGGGGGGCUGCAAGGGAAAGCACAAGGAGCUGAAGAGGAGCCAGUGUGGGAAUGGCAGCUGCUGCUGGCUGGGCUACAAGUCCUUCUGCCGAGUGAACUGCGGGCGGCCCGAGGCUGACUUCAACUCGGUGGUGUACGGCAACGACUGGUGGGUGGGCUCCGUGGUGCGUUACAGCUGCCGGCCCGGCUUCCUGCUGCUGGGGGACCCGGCCAGCGCCUGCCAGUCCGACGGCCGCUGGACGCCCAAGCCCACCUGCCUCCGGAUCUGCCUGCGAGGUCGGAUCGAAGUCAGCGAGCGGGACAUCAGCGGGAGGUGCUCGUCGUCCUGCAGCGCCCAGAGCCACCUGGGAGCCUCCCUGCAGCACGGCUGCAUCAAGAUCUCCUCCUGCAGCACCAAGCGCUCGGGCUGGGCGCGCUGGUUCCUGCGCUGCGAUGUCUGCGAGUGCGACUGCCACGUGCCCUGCGGGGAGUCCCGGUAGCGGUGCCCACCUCCGCUUCCUCUGGAUAGAGCUGAGCCUUCUGCACUGGGGUCUGCUGGCCACGCAUCUCCAGCGCUGGGCUUUUCCUUUCCGUGAUCUCCAUCCAUCCUGAAGCUGUCAUCUGGGAGAAGAGGUUUGGGACUUGCUGCCUUCCUGCCUGGCCCCAUGGCACAGGCUGCAGGGGAUGCUGUGAGCAGCGGGAGCUGGGCAGCUGCAUCGUGGACUUGGAGACCUCAGUGUCUCAGCCGUUUUUCCUGGCUGCUCCCUGGAGAAGGCUCACAUCCUCUUCUAGCAGGGAGGCAGCGCUGUGCCCGUCCUGCAGGCUGCCAUUUCUCCCUGCCAGCUCUUUCCUGCCCCUGUGUGCAGUCAGCAGGGCUGUCCUGCUGCUCCAUACAUGCAGGCAGGGCUUGGGGGGUGCUGUGCAUGGUGCCUGCGGGCUGGGGCUGCUCCAUCCUGCAGUGUGUGGUUUUGCUCUGAGACCCGCCCCCCCCCCUUCCCCAGGGAUAUCUCUGGGUAGCUGAUGCCUUGCAGCCAGGACAGGUAAGGAGAUGCGAGGGGCUGUCCUAAGCGCACAAGACCCCUCCUUGGUCCUGGUUCCUUGGGAUCCCAUCCCCGAGCCCCUUCUUCUGCCCCACGUCCCCCCACGCCCCACUGCAGCAAUGGUCACUGGGUGCCACGUGCUCCCCAGGGACAUCCCCAGAUCCCUCUGAAGCAGCAAUGGAAGAGCCAAAAUUGUUAUUCCCCGGGGAGAAAGCGGGGCGGGAGCAUGUGUAAUGGGAUCACCAGGGGAAACAGGCUGACCAGCAGCAGCACCACGGGUAAUUAAAAAAAAUUGUUUACAGGAAA